AUAUUUUGUACUUGUAAAUCGGUUUUGUACUUGUAAAAAAGAUUUGUAUGCGUAAAAAAAAUUUGUGUGUGCGUAAAAAAGAUUUGUAUCUGUAAAAAAGAUUUGUGUGUGCGUAAAAAAGAUUUGUAUCUGUAAAAAAGAUUUGUGUGUGCGUAAAAAAGAUUUGUAUCUGUAAAAAAGAUUUGUGCGUGUGUAAAACAGAUUUGUGCGUGUGUAAAAAAGAUUUGUGUGUGGACUUAGCCAAAAAACCCCUGCAAGUUACAAGUACGAAUUUUGACCCUAUUUUUCUUCCUUUAAGCUGAUUGGUCAAUGUCAUGUCAAUCACAAAUUAAACAAUCCAAUCAGAGAACAGAUGGGCUUGGCUGUCGGGGGGGAUGCUUUACGGACCUUCAGGUCCUGGAAGGGUAACACAGUUUGAAGAUGGAGGACAGCGGUGGCGCUUCUGCAGCGCAGGAGCCAAAGACUGCAAUAGAGAAGGCUAUACUGAAUCUUGUGGGAAUUCUGUCAACUUCCCAGUCUGAUAUUAGGAGUGGAACUGCAACCACAUCUGUUACAGCGACAGUGCCUCAGCAAACCCCAAGAGUGAGCACCCAAAUAGAAAUGCAAAGGUCAUUUCCAGCAAUGUUUCAAAGAAGGCAAUCCAAAGGAAAGAGGCCUUUCCCAGCUCCUAGUAAUGUCAUACAUGCAGUUCGCAACAUUCAGUUGCAAUUCUGUCUUUUGCCUGAUUCCACGACAAAAACCCCAAAGAAUGAAAUACGGCUUCUUCAAGCUGGACUUGGAAGGCGAACUCUCAGCAUAGCUGACAAUGCUGAUCAUGAAGAAAUUACUGUAGCUCUGCAUGAAGAGUAUCCGAAGAUGAAGGCCCUAACUGGUGGAUGGCUCUUGUAUAAAGCAGGAGGUGGUAGCGGACAGAGAAAUCUCACUCUAGUAUCUCAGGGAACACAAGGCUACACAGCCAAGACGCUCAAGAUGGCCACCAACAAUGGAAAAAAUACACUUUAUAUUGUCCCUCUCCAAGAAAAAAUUGAUACUACACCUCUUCCACAUGAUGCUGCAGAAUUCAGCAAAAUGCCGAAGUCUCAGUGCAAGACCUGUGGUGUGACUAUGCCUCUUCAGCUACUUGUUUGUCACGUAGAAAACUGUGUACAAGAAGCUGCGUGUGAAAGCAUGACUGACCAGGCACAUCAGAAUGAAGUCCAAUUGGAGCCUUCUUGUCCUGUUUGUGGAAAUCGUUAUCCUCCAGAUGACUUGGUCUUGCAUGCCAGUACAUGUGGUGAUCGUGAAGUGGAUGACCUGCAUCACACAGCACAUGAAUUCAGAGACACACUUCUCAAUUUUGCUGCUGAGAUGAACACUGACAUCCCAGCCAACAAUAAGGAAGUAGAACAGUGGAAAAAGGCCAGUGAUCCCCAAGAUGCUGCAGUUUUGUUUAAGAGGCAUCUCUUAAAGGAAAAGGAGGAGAACCCCACAAUCACAGCUAUCAUUGACAUUCGACAAGAUCAAACAUCCCAGAGCCGAGAGAUCAUUGCUUUCUACAAAAGACCACAGAUUGAUUGGGCAGGACCUUUUCGUUGUUCUUUACAAGGUGACACAGCUGUUGGCACUGGGGUCCAGAGACAUUUUUUCAGCAUGGCAAUGCUAAAGUUGCAACAUGGCUUUAACAUCCAUAGCGGUGCAGCCAACAUGACCCUUCUCUUUGAGGGACAAGAGAACCAUCUAGUGCCUUCUACUUCUCAGAUUUUGGCAGACAGUGACUUAUUUGUGGUAGCAGGCAGAAUGAUUGGGCAUUCAUUUUUGAACGAUGGGCCACGAUUGCAUGGCCUCAGCAAGGCUAUUAUUCACAUGUUGGUCCAUGCUGAUAGAGACACUGUCACUGUCCAGCUCGAUGAUGUGCCAGAUCUAGAUAUUCGUUCUACAAUUUGCAUGCUUGAUGGUAAUAAACACCUCACUGAGCAGCAGAAGGAUGACAUUAACAAUUUGGCCAUUUCCUGGGACUUGCCACCCGUCAGUGCAGAAAACCGCAGAUGGCUGUUCCAACAGCUUCUCCAUCAUGCAGUGAUAGGCCGAACUAAAAGGCAGACAAAACACAUCAGAAAAGGUCUGAAGGACACCGGAUUGUUGACUAUGCUUCAACAAAGACCUGACACAGCCUCAGUGGUCUUUCCCCAGCAUGAAGACAGCAUUCUUACUGCACAGGCUGUUCUUAGCCACAUUGUUUGGCCAGGAGAUGAGGGCGAUGAUGAAGACGAUGAUGAUCCACCUUACCCACUAAGCAUCCAAAUGCAAACAGUGGGAUUUCUGAAGACCUACAUUGAAACAGCCACUCCAUUCCAGCUCAGCCAGCUGAUGAGGUUUUGGGUUGGAUGGGAAAUUCCGACUGGUACCAUGAAGGUUGAAGUGGUCAAAGCAGACUACCUCAUAUCCUCUACAUGUUUUGGAACGUUGCGUGUGCCUGGGCACUUCCACGAGUACAAUGUCUUUUCCAAACAUGUUGAUGAUUGCAUUGCAACUUGUGCCACAGGUUUCGGCCUUAUUUAAAAGCAAUUUGUAGACACUGGAUGUCGAAUAAACUUUACCAUGCUUGAAAAAUGUUUUACAUAGCCAAAAGUUUCACUGUUACCUAGGCUUAUUGAUUUUUUGGGAAUAUUGUCAUGCGAGUUUAAAUAUAAAAAUUAAAGUUACAGUUCCCACCAUUAAUUUUUAUAUUUGAAGUUAAGGAACUAAUGACUGUGUUAUUUAGGGUUGUUUUGUUAACUUAAAGUCAUUGUCAUGCAUCCGAUUCACAUCAUCUCUUUGUUUGAAGCAGUUUCAUGGAUUACAAGAAGUGAAAAAAAGUAGAUUAAUACUAAAGCUGUAUUAAAUGUUACACACAGUCCAAUGCUGUUGAAUAUAAUGUUAAUAAAAAUCUGCCACACUG